UCGUGAAUCUGGAUGACGUCGCAACGUGGCAGUACGCCUGCGCAGAGUAACCAGGAAGCGCCGGUGUUGACAAAAUACGGUGUUUCAGCUGUGUUUUGUACUAAAGAAGGAAAGCUGUUAGCAGGUUUGGUUGUAUCCAUUUCCAGCCCCAGCCAUGGUGUGCUGUCCCUCGUGCCCCAGGAUGUGCUCCCGCUCAUCAGCCUACACGCUUGCUCUUGGGCUGGGCUUUGUAACACUGGGGACCAGCCGCAUCCUACUGCUCAAAAUGUCUGCCAAUGCUGAAAACAAAUAUGACUUCCUCCCUGCAUCUGUCAAUCUGCUUGCUGAGGCUCUUAAACUGCUCUUCUGUCUGGUUAUGGCAGUUAGGGUCAUAGUCCGAGAGGGCCGAUCAUGCAGAGAUUUGGGUCCUACCUCCACCUCUUCCUUCCUCAGCUCCCUGAAGUGGGCCGUCCCCGCUUUCCUUUACUUUCUCGACAACCUCAUCAUCUUCUAUGUUAUGAGCUACCUGCAGCCGGCUAUGGCGGUGCUGUUCUCCAACUUUGUCAUUCUGACCACGGCUGUACUCUUUAGAAUAGUCCUGAAGAGGCGUCUGUCUUGGGUUCAGUGGGCAGCGUUGGUUAUUCUCUUCCUGUCCAUCGUUUCCUUGACAACAGGAUCAGGAGGCAAGCAGAACUCAAUAGCCGUUCCCAGUCUCCACUCAAACCCACUUUCCACCCCCUCCAACUCUUGCUUCCUCUACACGCAGCUUCUGGAGCAGAUGAAGAACAGCAGUGCCAGUGGAUCAUGGGCAUCGGCCCUGCCCGGCCAGGCCUGGAGGGACAGAGUAGUGGCAAAGCUUCGAACUCUGGGCGUGGGUCAAAUCCUGCUCCUCCUCCAGUGCUUCAUCUCUGCCACGGCCAACAUCUACAAUGAGAAGAUUCUCAAGGAAGGAGAGCAGCUCACUGAAAGCAUCUUCAUACAGAACAGUAAACUGUAUGCCUUUGGUGUGGUGUUUAACGGUCUGACUAUUGGGCUCAGCAGUGAGUCACGAGGCCUCACCAUGCACUGUGGCCUCCUGCAUGGACAUAACAUUUAUUCCCUGGGCCUGGUGCUGGUCACUGCUGCCCUGGGUUUGUCUGUGGCCUUCAUCUUAAAAUUCAGAGACAACAUGUUCCACGUGCUGACCGGCCAGAUCACCACUGUUCUGGUUACAGGCCUGUCCCUCUUCCUCUUUGACUUCCACCCUUCGCUGGACUUCUUCCUUCAGGCACCCACAGUCCUGCUGGCCAUCUUUAUCUACAAUGCCAGCCGGCCCAAGGACCUGGAAUUCAGCCUGCAGCGGGAAAAACUGCGGGUCAUCAACGGGGAGGUGUUCGAGAGGUCCAGAGGGGACGGAGAGGAGCUGGAGCUCCUGACAAAGCCAAAUGCAGACAGUGAAUCUGACGAAGAGUCCUUGUAGUGAUGUUACAGCUCAGCCUCGAGAGAGAAGACGCUCCACAUCUCACCUGCUGCUGUCAAACUGCACAACGGACCGGAUGUAACAUGGUCACAAACUGUGAAAGCAUUUAUUUGAAUGAUGGUCAGCAGGUAAACAGUGAUUGACACUGUUGAUGGAUGAUUAUGUGACGGACACGUGGAAUAACAAAAUGUGUAUAUUCUGAAAACAAGCCUGUCUGUGUAUGAUUGCUGUCAUUCAUAUGUGGGGAGUUACAGCAAAUGUGCUUGCUGGAAAAUUAUUGAUACUGCCUUUGCCAGUUUUGGAUUUCUUUUAUGGACAGUGAAUUUCUUUACAUGAUUCCUGUUGUAUAUGCUGCUAUUUGACUGCUCGCUGGAGAUGGAAGUUUAAGGACCAGAAGCUGCAGUUUGGGUAAAUUUGGGCUUGUUCUGCUACCAGAUUUGUUUGAAAUUGUAGUGAAUUUGAAGUAUUGCUUCAAACUAUGACGAGCUCAGAGUGUAUUAAAAUACUGUGGAAGACAGCCCAGUGCAAAUCCACAAACUAGAGAUGCAGCAAUGUUCAUGUAUUGGGAAUUUACACACUUAUCAUGGGCCAGAUGCAUAGAUAACAUAUGCUCCAAGUAUACACGGUUGUAUUUUUUCCAAGUCUUAAUCUUCAUGAAGCUCGGUGCACGUGCACGAGCCUUGUUCAGCUAUGGAUGGAUGUAGAAACUCCCUUAAAUGUGCACAUGAAAUUGCAGCUCAUGUUGUUUCACAUGGUAAUGAACCGAAGAGGAAAUGUCUUUUAUUUGGUGAUCUCAGUUCCUGACGGAAGACAGAAGAAAAUCUACUCAAGGAGGAAAAGGAAUAGAUGCUGCUAACUCUUAAGCUCAGAACGAAGGGAAAAAAAUCCCAAUCAGACACUAUGGCAGCAAAAGGACAGCAGACCAUAAUGUAGAGUUGCAGCUUUUUAGAAGAUCCAAAAUAGGCAAAAAUAAUAGGAGGCCUGCUCAAAUUUAGUACACACUACGUUAUGUGCCAACAGAAAAAGUAUGAUUUAGUGUUUUAUACAUCUGGCCUCUGGACUAUUAUUUUCAUUGCACUUUAUUUAUUUUCAGAGCCAGAAUGAGCAGUAUCGGCACAAUCGACCGCUAAUGCCUGACAUUCAGACAGCACAACAAACUGGCUCCUGCUUCUCUUACUUGAGGCUUGAAUAUUGUUUUUGUUAACCUAUGAAACUGGUGAUUGUUUGUGCCAAAAAAUCAUUGUAUAAAUGCAAUUUGUUGCAAAAUAAAUAGCAAGUUACGUGUUUUACUUCUA